AUGAAGAUGCGAGUAACGAAUCCAACUUCCACAGGCAUUGUUUGCAAUGGCCAGAUGACGUACAGUCAGAGAAAAGAAAUGGAAAAGAAAGCCCUCUUACAAGCUGAUGUGAUCCUGUUGUUAGGAGCUCGUCUGAAUUGGAUCCUUCAUUUUGGAAGACCACCAAGAUAUGGAGAAGGAACAAAGUUUAUUCAAGUUGAUAUUUGUCAGGAGGAAUUAGGUAAUAACAUUAGUAGUGACAAUGUGAUUGGGUUAGCUGGUGACUUACAAGCUGUUACACAACAGCUUGUAGAUGGUGUGAAGCUUUCCAGAGCAAGGGGUAUAUGGCCGUACCCCUCUAACACCCCUUGGUGGCAGAGCUUGAGGUCAAAGGUCAAAGAUAAUGAGGAGAAGAGUAAGAUCUUGGCCAGUGAUAUGUCUGUUCCUAUGAACUAUUAUGCAGCCAUCUCAAAGGUCCAAGCAAUGAUACCCAAGGAUAGUCUGAUUGUGAGUGAAGGAGCAAACACAAUGGACAUAGGAAGAACAAUUCUCUUGAACCAUUCUCCUAGACACAGACUUGAUGCUGGUACUUUUGGGACUAUGGGUGUUGGUAUGGGAUUCAACAUAGCUGCAGCCUUGCUAGCCAGGGAUCGAUGGCCUGAUAAACGAGUCGUCUGUCUGGAGGGAGAUAGCGCCUUUGGGUUCUCAGGCAUGGAGGUGGAAACUAUAUGCAGAUACAAUCUACCAAUACUAAUUGUUGUGAUCAACAAUAAUGGGAUCGGCUUUGGAACGGAGAAGUCCAUGUGGGAGCUCACUCCACCUGAAGAGCGCCCUCACAGGCUCAUGCCAACUGCACUCAUGCCCGAUGCACGUUACGAUCAGGUGAUGACAGCAUUUGGGGGCGUCGGCUUCCACGUGACCACGCCCACUGAGCUGGAGAAGGCACUCCAUCUCAGUCUGACGGAUCAUGCCAAGAAACCUGUCCUCAUAAAUGUAAUGGUCAGUCCACAGGCUCAGAGAAAACAACAGGACUUUGAUUGGUUAACAAGGUCUAGUAAGCUGUAACUCACUUCAAUGUGGAAAGGGUAAAUUGCCACUUGGUCUAUACCGGCUUGGUCUCAUCAUUCAUGGUCUAAUUCUAGUUCGUCAAAUUAACAUUUGGUCUAAUUACCAUUUGUCUUAUUAUGCUAUACCAGACCUGCCAAUCUCUGGGAAUGAAAAAUUGUAUUCUGUGAUUAAAAAAGUGUAUUUUUCCCCAAAAAAGUGUAUUUCAUAAUAAAAUGCGUGGUGCACUCGCUCAUUGCGGCGCUCAAGCUGCAUGCAAGCUAAAAUGCGCACUGCUCUUGCAGAUGAAAAAAAACACAUUCAAACAUGUGUAUAUCUCACCCUGGUUUUAACUAAAUGAUUGAAAAAAAGACAAGUUACCUGAAAUUAAAUUGAUCUAAUAACCAUAUUUGUGUAAGUUUUAUGAAAUAGAGACAUAUAGAGAUGAUUUUUCUCAAUAAAUUAAGAUUUUUUUAAAACAAAAACGUACUGGUUGGCAGGUCUGCUAUACUCAUCUUGCCUAAUAUUUGGUCCAACAUCACUUAGUCUAUAUGAUUUGGAUAAGUGUUUAUGAACCAAAUUUUUAUUUGAUUAAGUGCAGAAUAAUAAGUAGACAAUGUUGGAUUUCAUAGAGUAAAUGAUAGUGGUAGUUGGACCAAGAAGAUCAAAGACGACAUUGUAAGUUGGUUUAGCCAUGAAUUAUAAUCUUAGAAUUAGACCAUCUGCUUAUAGACCAACCAGUGGCCUGGACCAGCAAUCCACAUCGUCUUCCAAGAUAUUGCUUACUAACACUAUUGCCAAUGUGAUGUCAGUUGCAUUACUGCCAUGAUUUUUAAUGUCACCAUUGAUUUGUAUCCCACUAAUUGUGCAAUAAUUUUCAAAGCAUUGUAUUCUUAUUUGUGACAGUGUAUGGUAAUAAUCUUUGCUUCAAAUAAUAUUCUUGUGAAUGCAAAAUAUAUAUUUUUGUAAAUUGUGAAAUGCAUAAUGUAAUUCCCAAGCUAUUAAUUAAUGACAAUGAGUUUCAAGAUUCAAAACUGACUUGAGAGUUUGUAACAGGGUUUGUACAAGAUCGUAGUUAUAAUUAUAUCAUUUAAAUUAGGGUAACUUAUAUGAUUUUUAAGGUUUCGUGCUUGCAGAAGUCAGCUCUCUCACAAUAAGCUAGGUACAAAAAAAAACUUGCCUUUACAUGUAUAUUAUUUGAAAUAAUUAUAAACUCUUUUAUUACAUAACAUGGAUAUAAAAAAUACAUUUCCAAUGAUUGUUGUGUGUAUGACACUUUCAAUCAAGACAUCAAUAAUCAAUGUAGAAUAUAGGUCAUGAUUUAAUUCACAUAAUUACAUGCAAGAUGCUUAGGAUUGACAGAAAUUAAAGCUGGUUUUAAGAAUGUAGUAACUUUUCAUGCUAUAAAUGUGGAUCAGUACAGUAAAAUAUAAUGUUAUAUAGUAGCAAGAUGUCAAGGAUACGCAUUAUCUGUUAUUAUAAUAAAUAAUGAAAUGAAGAAGAUUGACAUUACUGCAUGUACUAUGUACCUAGGUGAGUGUCUCAUCUUUGUUUUUAAGAUAACAAAAGAAUACUUUAGAGAACACCUAGUGGAGUGUUUCAUAAAACUGUUCAUACAGUUACAAACGAUGAUAAAAAUGAUUGAAACUGGCAACAAUAUCUCUUUUUUUCUAAGAUAUCAAAAGCAAACUUUGGGUUCCAGUCAUUUAUAACUUCAAGACUUCAUCAAACCCAUCCUCUUGAUUUCAAAAUUGCAUGUAAUGGGUAUAUUAUGCUAACUUUAAAAGCAGAAUAAAUGAACACUGCAUCAGGAAUAUAAAACAUCAAAUUGUCAAAAAAAUUACCCUCCCCCCCCCCCUGAAUAGAAUGUUGACCUUGUAAAUAUAUACAUUGUAUAUUUGUGACAGGUUUAAUCUAGGACUAGAACAUUGACAGAUUUUAGUCCAUACUGCUUGGACCUUCUUUUAAUAAGUGUGUGUCUUGAGUCAGUGAUUGUGUAUCUUGUCUCAGUCUCUUCCGAUUCUGGAUAUAAGUGUCUCUGACUCACAGAUCAUGUGUCUGACAGCGGGGGCAAAGGAACCCCGAUUGUCAAGUAGAAAAAAAAAAUACCAGAAGAAAAGGGAAGAAAAGUAUAAAGAUGAGAUGUGUUUAACAUGUAACUUUAUAUUCCCAGUUAUUUGACUGAUAAAAAAAUAUGACGUCCCAUUAUUAGGUAGUCUUACCCUAUCCCCCUAUCAAAACCUGGUGCUGUCUGAGACUGUCGCGAACUCCAACACUACUCUGAUGUGAUUCAAAGGAGAAAAUAUUCUCUAAGAAUGAAUGGUAAUUAACAAAUUACCGGUCAACAAAUUAAUUUUAUAUUCCAUUUUCUACCUCAUUAAAAUUAUAUUUUAAAAAUGUUAUCAUCAAUGUUUUAAUGAUGUAAAUUGUUAUCACUCAUUUUUUAGAGAUGUAAAUAAUGCACUAUUUCAGGUAUGCCUUGUAUCUCAUCUCAUCUUGGCCCUAUAUGCAAAACUAACAUUAAAUCUGUGAUUAUAUGAACUGCUCUAAGGAAUUCUGAAAGGCAUAAUAAGGUACGAGCAAAUAUAUGUGAAACUGAGUAAUAAUUUGCAAAUAAGCAUGUAUAAAUACUUUCAGUAAGAAAUGGAAUGUUCUUUUUAACUUGUUCAAUUAUUGUGCAUACAUAUACAUUUUUAUUAUCUUUACUUCUCUCCCUCAAACCAGAAAAUUGUAUAGGUACUCUACUCUCAGGUGGGUACCGGUAACUAUUCCUCUUCAAUCCUCUAAUUCCGUACAGGGGCAAUUCAAUAAAACUUUAUGUACAGCCAACCACUAUAUUUCUCCAUUUUGACUUCAAUCCAUGAACUACUUAACGAUGAACAUUUGAAAGCUUUUCAAAAAUCAUUUCAGGAAGAUCAUGUA